CACCACCACCGAGAGAAUCUCAUACUUUUUCUAGGCUUUGUCACGAGUGUAUUAUGCCAGUCGGGCUGAUUAAACAGUGUUGUGGUUCUUGAGAUUCUGUUCUGUAAUAAAGCACACACACAACGAGUAGUGGUGGCCACUUGAUAAAUAAAAAAACUUGACGAUAACAAUAAAAGUGGGCUGACUCACUCAUUCAUUGAGAAGGAAAGUGGUUACGAAGAAGAAGUGAGUUACUAGUUCAAGAAAGGAAAAAAACGACAGAUUUUAGAAAUUAUUUUACAACUCUUGUAGAAAAGUGUGUGAUAUUUUAAACAUACUUAUUUUAACUUUUAACGUAAUUAACUAUAAGUUAUAGUUUUAGUUAAAUCCAGUCAAGACGAGGUUCUCCCGUAUUUUGUAAUGUAUUAAAAUCCAAAUUAGGUUUCACUAUCGGACUAAAUUAUCGUUUAUCAAAAUUUUGUAAGAUUUUAUUAUUUUCAUUAUAAUGACGACAAGAGAAUAACGAAUCAAUCGUCGUAAUAAAUUACGAAGCCUUUCUUAAUAACUAUUCACGACAAUAAAGUUUUGAAGAAGACACACUAUUAAGAAAAUAAUGGGCUUCUCAUCAAAUUGCAAACUUGGAACGGCUACGACAAUUGGCGUGGCCUUAUCAACGAUUGGUGCCGUAUUUACAGUUUAUUGGCCAUCCCUAUUUGACAACGUGCUUAAUAAUCAACUCGCCCUUUCAAACAAUUCUAAGAGUUACGGUUUAUGGGAAGUGACACCUAUCCCGAUGUACAUUGAGUUUUACUUUUUCAACUGGACAAAUCCGAAGGAUCUACAUGAUCCGAAUAAGAAACCAAUUUUGGUAGAAGUGGGGCCUUACGUGUUUAGAGAACAUCGCGUGAAGGUCGUCCAAGACUGGUUUCCACUUAAUGACACUGUCACAUAUUUUCAAAACCGAAUUUGGUUCUUUGAGCAAUCAAUGUCUAAGGGUUAUUUAAACGAUACGAUUUUUACAGUAAAUAUUCCUGCAAUUACUGCUACGCAUGCCUUACAAGAUAGCAAAUACAGUGCAGCAAAGGGAGCAUUGAAUUUGAUCAUGGAGUUUUUAGGAAUUAAGAUUUGGGUAAAGAAGACCGUUGGGGAAUUUUUAUUUGAUGGAUAUGGCGACCCAUUGCUCGAUUUAGCCAAACUAAUGCCUUCAGCAGUUGUGCCUGUCACCAUUCCCUUUGAUAAGUUUGGAUGGUUCUACAAACGAAAUGGUUCAGCCACCUACGAUGGGCUAUUUAAUAUGUUCACUGGAAGAGAUGACAUCACAAAGUUUGGCGAAAUGGGAGAAUGGAAUCACGUAAAAUCGACUACUUACUACAAAUCCUACUGUGCAAACGUUAACGGAUCUGCUGGGGAAUUUUUUCCACCCAAGCAAACUAAACAACCAAUUUCCCUCUUUGUUCCUGAUAUAUGUCGAACGCUCAACCUUAAUUUCAAGGAGGAAACGGAAGUGGAUGGGAUCGCUGGAUAUCGUUAUUGGGCGGAUGAUACAAUGUUUGAUAAUGCCACCACUCGGCCAGAUAAUUGGUGCUUCUGUCCUGCCGGGGGAUGUCCCCCAAACGGGGUGAUGGAUAUUUCAUCUUGCAAGUGGGGAGCUCCAGCCUAUAUUUCAUUUCCACAUUUCUUCCAUGCGGACCCCUGGUAUAGGAGUACCGUAGAAGGGAUGGAACCUAACGAGACAAAGCAUCAAAUGUUCAUGGAUUUAGAACCAAAUUCUGGAAUUCCUCUCGAGGUUUCAGCAGCCCUUCAAAUUAAUAUAUUGCUCCAACCAAUGAAAGAAUUCAGCAUCCUGCGCAACGUUCCAAAAAUCUACUUCCCUGCAAUCUGGUUUAGACAAACUGCUCAUAUCGAUGAUUCUAUUGGACCAGAAGUUAAACUGCUCUCAAUAAUCCCUACCAUCGGAUUUGUUAUAUUUUACAUCAUUCUCAGCACAGGAGUUACAAGCUUGUUUGUGAUUGGAAUUUGCUACGUGACCAUGCGUUGUCGGAACGAAGAAGACAGAGUCAUUUUGUCCUUUUGGAGCUAAUGUGCAAAGUUACUGCCGCACCCAUCGCGAAGCAGCUAUAUGUAUGUUGUACUCUGCUAAAUACGCUUUUUCAUGUUGCCAAAAACAAAUGUGACCUUGACCAACCAACCUAAUACAACCCAAGUAAUACUACUUAGCGGGAUUAAAAAGUCUCUAUCAAUUAUCCAGUCAGGAUACGAUUCUUUCAGCGUCCCACGAUCAAGGAAAUUAAUUGGUGCCUAUACUCGGAAGUUUCUACGAAAUAAAUUUUAUUAUAUUCUCGAAUCCCUUACUUUUGUUUUCUAUUAUCUUAACUCUGUGCAGAGUUAUUUUUAUUUGUAACUUGAGCUUAAAACACACGCACACUUUUCUUCAAAAGCACGCUUUGUUCGUAAUACAUAUGUCGAAAGAUUUUAAUUUGAAAUGCCAUAAAAAUAGAUCUAGAUUCAAAGUAAUUAAUCGUUACAUUAAAAAAUAGUUGGGUACACUCCAAUGUUGCGAAAGUACGUAUUUAUGUUCACGUUAUAAUUUUAAUUUAUAACGUUGCUCUCUUUUCUGUAGCUGUCACUUUUGUAAUUAACCGUAUAUAUGUAAACGCCAUUGAUUUUAACGAUUGAUUUAAUCAUUGAUUCUCUUGUGUGACUAAUCCUCCUGAAUGUAACAGAGACGUAAAAUUUUCUAAUUUAUUUAUAGAGAUAAGAGAAAUACAUAGUGCCUUUUUAUAAGCACGUAAUGGUUCUAAUAAAAAAAGGCUAGCUAAUGUCCACUAUAAACUGUGAUAUCUUAAUUAUAUUAUGACGAUUCAAAAGUAAAGUAAUAAAAUUUCUGAAACUGA